UUACCAACCUAUGUUACUACUAACGUAAAAUCAAGUUCUUACAAGUGAAAGGCUCUUUACUAUGUGUUAAAGGUUCCGCUACCAUUGGUUCAGUUAAGCAGCACAGAUUUGUGUACACUGGAGAUCAUCCUGCUCUAAACAAUGUCGAUGUUGUGAAACUGAUUUUAACAUCCAUUACCUGACACGACCUGAAGACAAACUGCACAGCUGUGGCCAAUGUGGGGAAGGUUUACCUUGAAAGGGUCAUAAAGCUGCACUGCCUCAGAGCUUCUACAGAGGUCGGAGAAGAAACCUGGAAAAAAGUCAUGUUAGUAAGAUCAGCAGCAUCCAGUGAUGUUUAGAUCAGAGAGCUGGCCUUUUCAUUAUUACGGGAGACUGUCCAAAUUAGAAUUGACUUUAUUUAUGUCUGAAAUUUGAUUUCAAUUCGUUAAAAAAAGUUUAAAAAUUGCAUUCCUUUUCUUUUUUUGAUGAAACGCGUCUUCACUAAACAAUGUGCUCUGAACUAUUGUCACACCAGGGAGACAAACUGUAAAUUUUGCUCCAGUUAGAUGUGUUUCUCGCGUCCUGCCUCUUUUCCAAAUAAACUGCAGAAGCAGCAGUAGUAGAGCAAACAUGACUAUUAAAUAAUCACAUUUCUCUUAAUUAGUUUGUUUUAAAUUAAAUAGAUAAAUCUUAAUCCUUUAUUUAAUGUGACGUAAUGAGGGUUUGAUUCCUGCUGCAAUCUGCAUUUGUGAGUGACACGAUGAGUGUGAUGAUGAACUUUAGCUUAAACUGGUCUCAGAAGGUACAGACAGUGAUCAGAUGAAGGUAAGAUAAGUCAUACUUUAUUGAUCCCCUUGGAGACAUUGUUUUCUCUGAUUACUCAUUAUCAGUAUUAGGCGGCAUUUUGUAUGUUAUACAAUCUAUACUUUAGUUCUCAUCACUCAUGCAGUUUCAAGCAGACACGUAAACAUAUUUAGAAACAAACAUGAAGCUGCUGUGAUGAGUCAUCUGCUGAAUCCUGCAUCAUGACAAUAGAGGAUUAAAGAUGACUACGUUUGCUAAGAAAAUAUUAACUUGACUAGUCAUGACAUCAUCACAGCCUAUAAAAGGUGGUAUUAAGUAGUAUUUACAACUUGUGGCAGUUCGAUACCAAAAUGAGCAGCUGUAGUCGCAUAAACCCUGAGCUGUAAGACUUUAGGAGCAAUCAGAACAUCUGUCCCACAAAAGGCAGAUCUGAGUCUUCCUCCUUUAUUUCCCGCUCGCCCCGAUCAAUGAAACCAGAGCUACGCUUUAAAAAAAACUUUAUUAACCCUAGAACACUAUUGCUAUAAAAGGUUACACCAUCUCUAUUGCCGUGUUAUUUCUACCCGACAUAUAAUAUACCCAUUAAAAAGUACUUGUCAUAAAAUUUGAUCAAAAUAUAACAACACAUGAUAAAUUAGAGAAUAUAUUUUUCUCAUAUAAUCUUGCAAAAGCAAAACUGUUCAUCACAAUAGGAUAUUCAGCCUAAUACAUGCUGCUUGUUGAACUGCCAGACAGGAGACACACAAAAAAGAAAAAUGCAACAUAUUAAAAAUCAUGUGAAUACUUUUGCGCGGAUAAUGAUAUAGGGUUAAACGUGAAAUGUGAAAUAUUGAACAGUCAACAGAAUAAGACGAGACAAACUUGAAAAGCCUGUGAGAAAUAUUUAGUUUGUACUUGUUAGGUUCCUGUUGUAUUUUACAAUAUGUGCCAGUGGCCUAAUACACACAUGACAACACUGCAGUGGGGCGUCUGGUGAAGCACCCGGAGUCCUUCAGCCCUUAACCUUUACGCCCUCCUCCAAAAACUCGACCCUCGUCCUACGUGUUUGCUUUUGGGCAGGUCUGAGUUGUUUAGGUGAUUUACAAAGAAAUGUGAAAAAAAGUAUGAUGAUUUUUUUGCAUUUUUAAUGAGCGUGGCAAAAAUCCACGAUGGUCUCCAGUGUAUACAAAACGUGUAACUUAUGUAUGAAUGACAAUAGAAGUGAAAAGACAAUGGCUUUAAAAAAUGUAAAUAUAUAUAAAUAAAAUGGAUUGAAGCUUUUUUGCCAAAAUUAUCAGCUAUUAAAAAAAUACAGGAGUAGCGAUAAGCAAACACUGACUGAAGUCCAACGGGAGAAUCAAUUAAAUCCGCUCUUAAUAAUUUAAAAUGACUUGAAUCUGAAAGAAAACAAAAGUGUUGCCUUGAUAAACAAAGCGCUGACCAGAAUGUCACACGUGACACAGGAAAAAACACAAAUUCAUCGUCUCGUCUUUUGAUUAAUUUUCCUCCAUCGUAAUACAUCUAAAAAAUUAUUUUUAAAACGUGAACACUGGACUAUCGCGAGACUCGUGACGUGUAGCGACGAAGGAAGACAACAUGGCGGCCUCAGGUGUAAACCUGCGUUUAAUCGACCAGGGCGAGAAAGAAAUGCAGGAAGACGCGGAUCCGGGUUUUAUCGACCCGUUUUAUUACAAGACCGAAAUAAAAGAGGAGGAACACGAAUCGGUUUCGACGGAUCCGGGUCAGUUACACUUCGGAAUAAAAUACGAGGACCAGGAAUUUACCGACCAGGAUCAGUACAGUCAGUUGGUAAAGGAGGAGAAGUUGGACCCGGACUUUGUGGACCAGCAUCCUCUUAGCAGCGGCGUGAAGCAGGAGAACCAGGACUCUGAUGUCAUAAACUAUGACCAGCACCACCUCAAGAGCGACGUUAAAGAGGAAACCCAAGAUCUGGAUAUUAGCGACCAGAACCGCCACAGCGGGGGAAUAAAUGAGCAGAACCAGAACCGCCACAGCGGGGGAACAAAUGAGCAGAACCAGAACCGCCACAGCGGGGGAACAAAUGAGCAGAACCAGAACCACCACAGCGGGGGGACAAAUGAGCAGAACCAGAACCACCACAGCGGGGGAACAAAUGAGCAGAACCAGAACCACCACAGCGGGGGAACAAAUGAGCAGAACCAGAACCGCCACAGCGGAGGAAUAAAUGAGCAGAACCAGAACCACCACAGCGGGGGAACAAAUGAGCAGAACCAGAACCACCACAGCGGGGGAACAAAUGAACAGAACCAGAACCACCACAGCGGGGGAACAAAUGAGCAGAACCAGAACCACAGCGGGGGAACAAAUGAGCAGAACCAGAACCACCACAGCGGGGGAACAAAUGAGCAGAACCUCGCCGGACCCACAGAUGAACCGGUCAGUGGUGAUGCGUAGCCGACAGAUGUCAAAGGAAAAUGAAAACAGAAAAAAAAAGAAACCUCACGCCUGUCACCUGUGUGGGAAAUCCUUCCCUUCACCAUCGCAUCUAAAGUGUCAUCAGAAUAUUCAUACUGGAGAGAAACCACACAGAUGUGAUCAAUGUGGGAAG